UUACCAGAGGAUGCCCCUGUUGCCUCCCCUGCGUCCGCCUCCGCCACGGCCGCCACCACGACCACCACACUGACACACACAAUAGACAGAUGUGCACGAAGGCAGCCAUGUGUAUUGUAGGUACACAGCAGAGAAGGCGCGUGUACGCCACUCACCCGGUUGUACCCUCCACGCCUGCUUGGCCUGCUGCUGCUAUUUCGGCUGCUCAACUGAGGGGGGGGUGGCCUUCGGGCUUGUAGGACGGCCGACGAGAGGACGCCCACACUUGCUGCGUCGGAUGGAUGAGUGAACGAAUACACACAGUGCAGACGGACGGAUAAACGUCUGUUGGGCGUGAGAGAGCACUUGUAUGGUCGGUCGGUACAUACCAGUGUGUCCCAGCUUCUGAUUGUGGGCGAGGUGAAGGCGAGAUAGAGAGCCGUCCUGAGGUUGUUCCACACCCUGACACAUAUACAGGUGUGGUGGGGGUGGGGCUGGGAGGGCGUGUGGGUGUCUCGCUUACUUGGGGGGUUCUUUGAGCAGUGCUUUCUGGCUGAUGAAGUCAUUCACCACCUGGGCGAACUUGUCGCACACAGCCUGCACACACACAAGAAUGAAUGCGCAUAUGGAUGGAUGCACGUGUGCAUAUUUGUCUUCGUGGUGGUAGUGGUGGUUGCCUGCAGCAUGUCGUGUGGCCAGUGGGUCAUGAUGAAAAAGACCUACAGACAGACAGACAGUAAAAAACAUCCUCACCCACGCAGCACGUGGACACGUGUGUGAUGCGUACCUGCGUGCAGUUGCCCUGCUUCAUGGCGGCCUUCCACGCCCAAACGAGAUCGCCCUUGUGGCCCAGCAAAUCUGCAAAGUCAAUGCAGACAGCCAACCAGAUGUGACAGAAGUGUUUGUGCGUACAGUGGCCCCUCUGUCUUGCGCUGUUCGUCGAGCACGGGAGUCUCCUCGACGUAGAUGCUCACCAGGUCCACAGCAGAGUGGCGCGAAUUGUCCACAGUGAGGGCGCCCAUCUGACGAAUGCAUGUUCACAGAGGGACUCGUGGAUGCGUCCGGGGUCUGUGUGUUGCGUUCUCUGCGUACGUUCACAUAUUUGGCGAUGUGUAGAUCGCGCAAGAAGCGAAUGAAUGAGCUGUCGAAGUCGCACCGGGGGUCGUCCUCUGCGCACAGAUGAGUAGAGCACACCCAGGUACGGAUACACACAUCCGUCCAUCCCAUCCCAUCCACGACUGUGUGUGUGAUGUGCGCACUUGGAUGUUUGGAGGUCUGGAGGUCACUCGCCUCCAGCUUGCGGCAGUGGUUGGGGGGCCGCUGAUACUCACACACGGGUCCACACAGCCUUUUCUGGGUCGCCGUCUGUGUGGUGUGUAUUUGUUUGCUCUGUGGAUGUGUGUAUGGCCACUCACAUGGUACAGGUGUUUGCUGAGGUCCCUGUACUUCUCGCGAAGCCGCGGUACUGAAAUACACACGCGGCCCGUCUGGUUGGUUGUAUUUGUGUGCCAGUGAGCUCACCGUUCGACAGCAGCCGCCACUCGCUGCACUUGUCCGUCAAGAUGUCAUCCACCUGCAGACACACACACGGGUGCAGCAGUGCAUGCGUAUCGCGUCGCAAUGGUGUGUCUGACCUGAUAUGCCCAGGCAGCGGCACCCUGAUGCCUGAUGAACUGACCAGACCAACAACAGGCGAGCACGUCUAAUACUGGUUGGUGAUGCAUCAUGUGCCCACACACGGACGUACGUCUUCGUAUGUCCCGGCACCAUUCAGGAAGGUCUCGAGGAGUCGAUCCCCCUGCACACACACACACAGACACACACAAUCGUUGACGUCCAUGGAUGGUGUGUGUGAAGGCACAGUAGCGCACCUGUUCCUCCUCAUGUUGAUGGGGUCCGCGGGGCGAGCCGGCGUUGUCUGCACGUGCAAGUGAGCGUGUGGAAGCGCGCUUCCAUCAACACGUGUGUGUGUGAGGGGGCGGGGGAGCACCGUGCGGCGAGUCCAU